AUGGACGAGACGCUCCUGGAGGAGGCUCAGGCCAGGGAAUUGGUGGCCAAGAAGAGGAUGGCCUGGGCCAAAAGCCGAGAUUCCUGGCAGGCGUCCGAGGCGGCAGACCAGGUCCCGGGGGAGAGCGGCACCAUCCCCUCCACCGGGCAGGACAAGCCGCGGGAGCGAGCAGGAAAUAUUCCCAAUGAAAAGAUAGCUAUAUGGCUGAAAGACUGCAGAACGCCUCUGGGAGCGUCCCUGGAUGAACAGACCAAUCCAGCAGGCUUUCCGAAGGGAAUGAUUUUAAAAAAUGGCAACAGUUUUGAAGAUGACUUGUCUCUGGGAGCUGAAGCAAAUCAUCUCCAUGAAAGAAACUUGCCAAUGGAGAACCCAUUCAGUGGAAUGCUGGCAAAAGACCGAAGACUUCAGUUUCAUCAGAAAGGGAGAAGCAUGAACUCUACAGGUUCUGCGAAAAGCAGUGCAACUGUAUCCAGCGUAUCGGAGUUGCUUGACCUCUACGAAGAAGACCCUGAAGAAAUUCUUUAUAAUCUAGGAUUCGGUAGAGAUGAGCCUGACAUUGCUUCUAAAAUACCAUCAAGGUUUUUCAACAACUCCUCCUUUGCCAAUGGGAUUGAUAUCAAAGUGUUUUUGAAUGCACAGAUGCAG